AUGGGUUUAAAACUGUUAACUUCGACGCCAUAUUAUGCUCAGGCUAAUGGACAACUCGAUGCUGCUAAUAAAGUGAUCAUUGGUUUGAUUAAAAAGCAUGUGGGGAAGAAGCCUAGAAAUUGGCACAAAACUCUAGAUCGGAUUUUGUGGGCAUGUCAUACCUCUCCCAAAGAAGCCACUAAGUUGACCCCUUUUCGGCUAACUUUUGACCAUGAUGUUAUUUUACCGGUAGAGAUUCACCUACAAUCCAUAAGGAUUCAAAGGCAUCGUGAAAUUCCAACAGAGUCAUAUUGGAGCAUGAUGCUGGAUAAAUUAGUUGAUUUAGAUGAAGAAAUGUUAAAUGCCUUGGAGUUAUUAAAACGGCAGAAGAAGAGAGUAGAUAACUCUUAUAACAAGAAGGUGAAAGUAAAAAGUUUUUUGCCUGAAGACUUGGUCUGGAAAGUGAUCCUUCCAAUGGAUCCAAAGGAUAGGACCUUAGGGAAGUAG